UCCGUCGUCUCAUCAUAACUGUCAAAGUGGCAUCAAAUAAAAUAUAGAAGCAAACUUGCGAAAGUUUUAUCAAUUAAAGAUAAAAUAUUGAAAUAAUACAACACAUCGAUAUAUUUGUCAAUACGUGUGAUGAAUUAGAGAUAAAGUCGUGAUUGUGAUACUCUUGUUUUCCACAAGUGAGCUGGGAUUGUGCAUGCUGAGUGCUGCUGAGUGCGUCGAGGAUGGCUCAACGUUUCCCGGCCAGCGGGCCCGGCGCCGCACCGCCGCAGCAGCGCUACCCCGGCCCGGCACCGCCGCAGGGCUCGCCGAUGCCGCCUAGACCUUAUUCAGGUCCCACAUUUCCGCCGCGCAGUGGCUUCACGCCGCCGCCCGCCGGCGCGGCCCCGGCGGCGGGCGCGCCCCGGCCCGGCCCCGCGGCCUACGGGCCCGCCGCGCCGCCCGCCGCCGCGCCCCGGCCCGGCCCCGCGGCCUACGGGCCCGCCGCGCCGCCCGCCGCCCGCGCGCCGCUGCCGCCGCACAAGCCGCACUACCAGGGCGAGGGCUACGCGGGCAAGCGCAAGAAGCGGCUGGCCGACAAGAUCCUGCCGCAGAAGGUGCGCGACCUGGUGCCCGAGUCGCAGGCCUACAUGGACCUGCUGGCCUUCGAGCGCAAGCUGGACGCCACCAUCCUGCGCAAGCGCCUCGACAUCCAGGAGGCGCUCAAGCGGCCCAUGAAGCAGAAGCGCAAGCUGCGCAUCUUCAUCUCCAACACCUUCUACCCCGGCCAGGGCGACAACGCCGUGGCCUCGUGGGAGCUGCGCGUCGAGGGCCGCCUGCUCGACGACUCCAAGAACGACCCCAACAAGGUGAAGCGCAAGUUCUCGUCGUUCUUCAAGUCGCUGGUCAUCGAGCUGGACAAGGAGCUGUACGGGCCGGACAACCACCUGGUGGAGUGGCACCGCACGCUCACGACGCAGGAGACGGACGGCUUCCAGGUGAAGCGGCCGGGCUACAAGAACGUGCGCUGCACCAUCCUGCUGCUGCUGGACUACCAGCCGCUGCAGUUCAAGCUGGACGCGCGCCUGGCGCGGCUGCUGGGCGUGCACACGCAGGCGCGGCCCGUCGUGGUCAACGCGCUGUGGCAGUACGCGCGCACGCACGGCCUGCAGGACGCGCGCGAGCGCGAGUGGCUGGCCUGCGACAGCUACCUGGAGCAGAUCUUCGGCGUGGCGCGCAUGAAGCUGGCCGAGGUGCCGGCGCGCCUGGGCGCGCUGCUGCACGCGCCCGACCCCAUCGUCAUCAACCACCUCAUCUCCGUGGAGCCGCCGCACGACGCCAAGCAGACGGCGUGCUACGACAUCGACGUGGAGGUGGACGACACGCUCAAGGCGCAGAUGAACAGCUUCCUGCUCAGCACGGCCAACCAGCAGGAGAUCCAGGGCCUGGACGCCAAGAUCCACGAGACGGUGGACACGAUCAACCAGCUGAAGACCAACCGCGAAUUCUUCCUGAGCUUCAGCAAGGACCCGCAGCAGUUCAUCCAGAAGUGGCUCGUGAGCCAGUCCAGAGACCUCAAGAGCCUGGGCGGCGGCGCGGGCAACCCGGAGGAGGAGCGGCAGAGCGCGCUGUACGCGCAGGCGUGGGCGGGCGAGGGCGCGGCGCGCUACCUGCACGCGCGGCUGGCGGCGCGGCGCCACGCGCUCGACGCCGCGCUGGCGCGCGUCUAGCCGGAAGAAAAACUUAUUUAAUUAACGUGUUUGUAAAAACAUUUUCAAUAGAAAGAAAAUAUAAACAACUAGCAAUGAUUUAUUUGGAGCCCGGAAUCUAUAAUCGUGAAUAUUUUGAUCAUUUUAGACAAAAAAUAACGAAAAGUCCCUUUAAGUUCCCUUAAGUGCCUAAAACUAGACAACGGGGAAAACGAGAUGAAAUUUCAUUCGAUGUCCCCCGCACUCGUGUUUCGUGCCUCACCGUAGGAAAGCUAUAUGUGAUCGAAGCGAUCUUAGUUCAACCGGUAGUACAGUUUUUGUGAAAUAAUGGUAUAGAAACAAUGAAGAGGUUUUGCACAUUUUCUUGAAUAGAUAAAUUUUAUCGUGUUAUUUUAUUUACGAUUACGUGAAUAAUAAUAACUUAUUUAUUUCAAAUAAAUUUUUAUGUUAAAAAGACGAAAAUAUUUGCUACAUUUUAGUUUUAAAUAUCGGCUAACAAAAAAUCAUUACACGUUUUUUUGGCGCUUGCAUUCAAAUUUAUCAUUGCCGAAAAUUACCCAAGAAAAGAAAAGUAACUUAAUUAUUAAUAAUAGCAAUAACCAUACACGUACUAAAUUGCCAAAACAACUGUUCGAUAUUAUUUUAAGAAUUGUAAGUAUCGAAAUUUACUUAUUAUUGUUUUAACAAUUAAAAGUUGU